AUGGCCGACGAGUAUGGGGCUUCCCGGGCGAGCGCCAUGAAUCCCGCGUUGAUCGGAGUCGAAUACUGCACGGCAGAGGGAUAUGGCGUGCGCCACGCUUGUAUGUUGAUUGCGGACCAUUUCGAGCAUCUCCGCUGCGCCAUUGAUGCCAAACAACAGCCGCCGUGGAGAAGUAAUAAGCCGGUUGCGAAGCCCCAGAUCCGAAAGAAAUUGCUGUACGACUGUGCUGGUAUGCUGAAAGCUGACGUCUCCAUUCUCGAACGACUGCUGAGUCGAUCUGACUCAUGCACGUUCAUUACCGAGUUCGUGGAUGGGAGACCAGAGAGCGAAUUCCUAGUCAUCUUGAUGUUUCCCGAACUGAAAGACGGUGCUUCGAAUGUCGAAGUCUGGCCGAUGGACAUCGUGUUUGUAUUCGCGAGAUUCUGGUUCUUGUAG